GGUGCUGUGCGGUGCGGUGCGGUGCUGGGGCCUCCUCCCCGGUGGAGGAGGAGGAGGAGGAGAAGGGCCGGGCGGUCGUCUGGCGGCGGCGUUGGGCUGAGGAAAGGCCCCGGCUCCCGGGCGGGCCCGGUCCGGCCUGUGGGUCCCCGGGCGGCGAAGUGGCCAUGAGGUUGGCAGGCCCCCUCCGGAUUGUGGUCAUCGUCCUCACGGCUGGGCUCGUCUGGAUCCUGGUCAGCAUCUUGCUGGGGACCCAGAGUGGUUUGUCACGCAUCCAGCAACUCCUUGCCAAUCCCGAGAACCCACCCUCGGCAGUGUCAGGAAAGGGAAGCUCUGAGUGGCCCCCCCAACCCAGCCCGGCCUCGGCCAAGACUAGCAGCAGCAGCAGCGACGGCGGCAGCCGCGGACGCGACAAGCCCAGACCCAGGAAAUACAAGUGCGGCCUGCCCCAGCCCUGUCCUGAGCAGCAUUUUGCCUUCCGGAUGGUCAGCGGAGCCGCCAACGUCAUUGGCCCCAAGAUCUGCCUCGAAGAUAGAAUGUUAAUGAGCAGUGUAAAGAACAAUGUAGGGCGGGGGCUGAACAUCGCCCUGGUGAAUGGGGUCAACGGGGAGCUCAUCGAUGCCAAGUUCUUUGACAUGUGGGCCGGAGAUGUCAAUGAUCUGCUGAAAUUCAUCCGGCCGCUCCACGAGGGGACCCUGGUCUUCGUCGCUUCCUAUGACGACCCAGCAACCAAGAUGAACGAGGAAACGAGGAAAAUCUUCAGUGAGUUGGGUAGCACCAACAUCAAGGAACUAGCCUUCCGGGACAGUUGGGUAUUUGUGGGGGCCAAAGGAGUCCAGGAUAAAAGCCCAUUUGAGCAGCACGUGAAGAACAGCAAGAGCUCCAACAAGUACGAGGGGUGGCCGGAGGCUCUGGAGAUGGAAGGCUGCAUCCCCCAGAGGACGGCCAUCGUGCAGUGAGCCGUGCCGGACGGAAACCUCCGGAGUCCUCCCUCACGUUGGGCCUUAGCUCCCGCGCCCCUCCCUCCCCAGCCCCCCAGAGGUCACGGGGACGCGGUGCUUCCCUCCCUCCGCUUCCUCUCGGCUGCGGGACCGAGGAGAGCGUCUUCGCUGCUAGCCCGCCCUCCCUCCCGUCCUGCCCUCUGUAAGGACCGGGGCUCUGGACCUUGGGGUGUGGUCUCGUUGGAAGGAAGGGUUAGUAGAGGCAGGCCGUACCCUGUGUCUGGGCCCACCUCGCCAGCCCCCGAGGAAGGCUGGAGGCAGGCUCAGGCCCGGCUCUAUUUCUCUUUCGAUUUUCACUGCACAGCGAGUGCCGAGCCCCGUCUGCCUCUCCUUAUUUAUUUGGCCUUUCCGGUGCCUCCGUUCCCUUUCGGAGAUGGAGGCGCGGGGUGGGGACACGUCCGCCCUGGGGUCUCCGGAGAAGUCCGACUUCCGUGGUUCGUCCCUCGGGUGAUGCUGGGAAAAUGGGCAAUAAAACCCUUUCCUGUAGUCUUCUCCUCUCCUCCCCGCCCCCUUCCUUCCCAGUGCCUUACUUCCUGUGGGAGCUCUUAGCACCUUCUUAGACCAAAAUCAAGUGACUUUGGCUCUGAGGGACUGAAUGUAAAAGAAGCCCUGGGGAGGGUGAGGUCAGGGGAGGAGGGUGGCCUUUAACAGACCUUGAUCUAGGGUGGCCUUUAACAGACCUUGAUCUUCUCACUUAUGGGUCUUUUUCUAAAGGCCAAGACAAGCUGGGUUUUGCUUCUGAGAGAUACAUGAUUUGGCCAUUUUUGCUCAUUAUCCCUUUCCCUUCCAACUUCCUGGACUUCUCAGCUGCAAUGUUGGGGUCUGAGCCGCCCCCUCCCCAGUUCCCACCCCCGAAGACUUCGGUGGCCCUCCCGGUAAAUUUUUCCCAGGCAGUUUCUCGACUUCCUUUCACCCUUGUGGGGUUCCGAUUUUCCUUCAGUUUUAUUGGAGACUUUGCCGGCAGCCCCCUUCUGUUCCUUCCCGACCAGAAUCCUCGAGGGCCGUUCCUCCCCUCCCUGCUCACCUCCGGCAAGGGGGUGGGUGGGAUGGAGGCCAUUUGGGGGCCCUCACCGGGGCCGAGGCCCGCUCGACUGGAUCGGGGGCCAGAGAGGGAAUCGCGAGGGUGAAUUUGAAUGGGUUUGCUCUCGGAAUCACAUUAAAGGCUUUUAAAUUUUUUAAUCUAAUCUCCACGGAAAAUUCUGGGAGGCCGGGGUGGUUUAUGUCCCAUAUCUGUCAGGUCUUGUUGGCUAAGGGUCUUUCCUGAAGUUCUUCAAAAACAUUUGUCCCACAUGAUCUUUUAAUAAACAGAGUACCCAGCUCA